GACUGAUUGGCUCGGGAAUGUUUGUUGUUAGUUGAACGUAAACAAAGUAUUCAUAAAUCUUGCGAUCAGUGUUGCAUUUUCUUGAUUUUUACUAGAUUAAACUGUAAUAUGUGGUAUUUUUAUUGGUGUGAUUUGUAACUACUAUAGUCAUGUUUUUGUGAACAUUUUGUGGUGUCGAGAUUGCAUGUUUUCCCUCACCAUGGAAGGUAAUUUGAUAUGUCGAUUGUGCUUGUACAACAAUGAGGAGAUUGUGUCGAUAUUUGAUGACCGUCAACGAGAAGCGAAACUGCAGGAGAAACUACUGCAGUACCUAAACCUGGAUGUAAAGGAGGAUGACACCCUACCGAAGCUCAUUUGCAUGAAGUGCUUCCAGACGGUGGAGAGCUUCCAUGUAUUUUACCAGGAAGUAGCGCAGAAUCAAGCCGUUUUUGCGUACAGCACCCAGCCGGGAAUGAUUGUGAUAAGCGAUCAAAAUUCCCACACCACCUACAUUCUCCGAGAAGAUGAGGUUGUCCAGCAGUCUUGUGUCGAUGUAGACGACAGUCUCCAGCAGCAGUACGCAAUUGCGGGGCCUUCUUCGACCGUUGGUCCUGGCGGCGUUUCAGAUGGCACUACGAAGCUAACACUGCUUCAAUUGCCCAGUCAGGUCGUUACGACCGUACUGGACACGGUUGGUAGCAGUGAAGCAAUAAGAGUGAUAAAUUCCGAGCUGCCACCCACUUACGAUGAAUCCCAGAAGCGCAAGGAAGAGCAACAAGUGAUGAAAGAAGAGCUACAUCUGGACAUUGGUGACCAAGGGGAUGAAGCUGAAGAAGAAGAAUUGCUCGAAGAAAACCAGCAAAUUCUUCCGGAUGAGGGCGAAGUACUGUAUCCAGUUAUAUCGUCAUCAGAUAAUGACAGUAAGACUCCCGUCGAGGAAUACCUAGAACAAGAAAUCAACGAUGUAGACGUCGAAGACGAAGAUGAUGACGAUGAUGAUGAAGAAGGUUUCGUGAUCGAAACGCUGGACAACGAAGAGGCAACGGACGAAAUGUCGUUCAAAGACUUGAAAGCAUUUCCUCAGCAGUUGAUAAAGGCGAAUCGAUUGACCGUCCGAGGAAAGGAGUUAUCCAUGUUGAUUGCCAAGUUUUAUCGUUUGACUUGCGAGUUGUGCAAUGAUGAAGAUGAGGAGCAGAAUUGGGGAAAGUUUUCCACCUUGGAGGCGUACUUGGCACACUUCAAAGACACGCAUGGCGUCAAGGGUUACGUAUCGUGCUGCAACCAGAGAAUCAUCAAACCCAAAUUGAUGGCAAUGCACAUGGCGCGGCACAUUCAGCCGGAUGCUUUCAAAUGUGUCGAAUGCGGCAAAUUGAUGACCACCCCAAGGAUACUCCAGUAUCACAUACAGAAUCAUAGGCCAGAAGAGAAAAGGCCUUACAAGUGCAGUCAAUGUCCCCGCCGAUUUAGCUACGCAAGCGCUCUAAGUUCUCACAGCCAAUCGCACCUACCCGAAACGGAACGAACCAAGCACGUGUGCGAUGAAUGUGGCAAAUCGUAUAGUUCCGCCAAGAACCUGGCCGAGCAUACCGCUGCACAGCACUCCAAUGUAGUAACCCUCGCCUACGUAUGUCACAUCUGCGCCAAGCGGUUCACCUCUAAGAGUAACCUAACGUACCAUCUGACCACCCACCAGCCGAAGAUUCACCAAGUGCAGUGCGAUCAGUGCCAGAAGUGGCUCAAGAAUAAGCUCUGCCUCCGCAAGCACAUGGUCCAGCACUCGAUGGUGAGGCACAACUGCAACCUGUGCGACUACUCGGCGCUCAACCUUCAGUGCUUGAAGAACCACCUGAGGGUACAGCACACGGACUCUAAGCCAUUUGCAUGCGACGUCUGUGGAAAGUCGUUCAAGUUGAAGAACACCUUGUUGAACCACCAGGUGCAGCACACGGGAGUGAAGAAGUUUAGCUGCGAGUUUUGCGCGCGAACGUUCGCGUCCAGUGGCAACUACUACGCCCAUCGGAAACGGAUGCACCCGCAGGAGCUGGCCAUACAGAAGAAGCGGAAGGAGGAUGAAGAGAAUGAGUUUCGGAAAAAGACGCUCCUAGCAGAAUCCAAGUGGACCCAGCUUCAUUUAGAGUAAGUAAAUUAUUGUUCAAAGCCCGUGAUGUAGGUAUUCCGUUCUGUUCGGAUUGUUUUACCGGAUUAACAUAGAAGUAGUGCUAGCAGUGAUCGCCUUUGGAAGAUUAUAUUUAUUCCGGAUAAACUUCCAACUGUCGCUUA